AUGUCAAUGAGAAUCUCUCACUUGUCCAGAUCAUCUCUUCCGCUGAAGAGCCCAUUUUCAUGCCGGACAGUAACUACAGAUUUCCGAAAUGGGUUUUCGAGGAGUUCGUCUAACAACUUCAAUUCCACGACGAGACUCCGAACAAAAGCUGUCUUAUCUGAAGUUUCCGAUUAUCCCAGAAUCAGCACUACAACCACCCGGACUAUAUUACCGGCAGAGCUCCUUCAAGUCGUCGAAGCCGCAGCUAAAACCGGCGUCGAGGUCCUCAUGGAAGCUGUGAAUAAGCCAAGGUAUAUCACUUAUAAAGGCCUCACUGACUUCGUAAUUGAUACAGGAUAA